AUGUCACAGAACGGCGGACAUAGUUGCGCGGCGGAAUGCAAUCUACCAGACAACACUCGCAUGGUUGCUUGCGAUAAAUGCGGCCUUUGGUGGCACUUCGAGUGUGUGAAUGUCGGGGACAGUAUUAAUGAAAAGGACUUUCUUUGUCCCAAAUGCACGUCGGAAGCCGGUCCUAGAAAUUCCUCAGUUGCCGGGUCUAUUUCCUCCACCAGUUCCUCGCAGCAACGUGCGCUUCUCAAGUUGAAGAAGCUGGAAGAAAUGAAGGCCAUACAGGAGCAACAAUUGGCCAUUGAAAAGCGUGAGCAAGAUCAACGGUUUGAGCUUGAGAAACUCCAACAAACUACGGCCAUGGAUAGGAAAAAACUGGAGCUGGAAAAGAAAUUUCUAGACGCGAAAUAUCGCGUGCUGGAAAAAGCAGCAGCAGACGACGACGAUGACGGGAGGAGCCGUAAGUCGGCUCAUAGUUCCAACAGCGAAGUUUUACGCUGGAAGGUGGAUCGACUUUUGGCGAGCACAGCAGUCACGACGAUUGCUUCAUCGCUCCCAGAAACAGCAUCCGCGCCGGCGACGACUGCAACAGCGACCAUCAACGUUGGUUCGGUCCGAACCUCCAUCAUACCGGCGCAAACAGCUUCCGAAUUUCUGAAGCAACCUGCGUCGAAUGCUCCUGUUCUGCAACCAGGUACCCAUCUAAAUAAUCCAGGUACCGUAAAUAUAAGCCACCACACGAAUUUUAUUAGAUUGCCACCUAAUGUUUAUGCCACCGCGUCAAACAUCAUAUCAAAUAACGUUUACACUGAUGUGACGAACGUUAUGUCUAAUAGUUUUCCGAUUAAUACAAAUGUUUGCUCGUCUAUUCGCCAACCGGUAUUGUCAACCGGUACUAUCCCGAAAAGCGGUACUAUCCCGAAAAGUGGUACAAUUCCGACAGUUUCGCAGCUGCAACCAGUAGCUCACGUGCCAAACGUGGGGCAACCGUUCCUGCCUAACAAUGUAACAUCAAAUCCUGGAUUUGUGUUGGCUGAUGCUCCGCGCAGUGCUCCAAGUGUCAAUGCGGAAAUUUAUCCGCCAAUUCAUCCUACCUCGACAGGUUGCAACCCGAUGGUUUACCCGCAAUCUCAUUUUCAUUGUGGUGUCGAGGAUGUCCACAUAUUGCCACGUUCUGUUGUGCCGAACCGAGGAUUUCCGCAGAAUGCUCUUGCUGUUCCGGUUCCGAAUUCUUCGUCAUACUCAGUGCCGCACGAAUUUCCGGUGUUCUUUCCUUCGGAAACAUAUACCACGCGAAAGGAGGUUCCAGCUGCUGCGGGGUUCGGUGCUGCGAAUGACCCCUAUGGAUUUGCUCAAAUAAGCGGAUUCAAGGGGCCUAACACUCAACAGUUGGCGGCCCGCCAAUUUCUGCCGCGUGACCUACCGACAUUCACGGGUGAUCCGGAGGAUUGGCCCUUGUUUUCGAGUAUGUAUUACAACUCCAGCCAAUCUUGUGGAUUAUCAGAUACGGAAAAUCUGAUGCGAUUGCAGCGGUGUUUAAAAGGACAGGCGCUCGAGGCAGUUCGUAGCAAACUUUUGCUCCCGAAUUGCGUUCCUGAGGUGAUGCUGACUUUGAAAACCCUGUUUGGAAGGCCAGAGAUGCUGAUUCAUGCACUUUUGAAAAAGGUAAAGGAAACACCUGGUCCGAAACCGGAGAAGCUCGAAUCCCUCAUUGCUUUUGGGACCGCGGUCAGAAACUUGACGGAUCACUUAGAAGCGGGUGGUCAAGUUGCGCAUCUUAACAAUCCGAAUCUUCUCUUCGAGUUGGUUCAAAAAUUACCUGCGGACAGACAAAUUCAGUGGGUCAUGUACAAGGGCCAAUUCGGUGAUCCGAAUCUCCGUACGUUCGCCCAAUUCUUAUCGAUCCUGGUGGAAGCGGCUUCUGAAGUGACGCCCUUUGUCAGUAAUAAACCAGAUUCUCGACAGCGUAAGACCGACGGAUCGGGAGCUCGAGGUUAUAUCCAUGCGCAUGAUGCGCAAGUUUCUCCGCUGCCUCAUACGGGCCAGGCGUCGACGAUAGAAAGCGGCAAUAAAAUUAAGGUUUGCAAGAUAUGUCGUAAAAUGGACCACCGGGUCAAGGACUGUAUCGAAUUCAGGAACAAAAGCCUCGAGGAGCGAUGGACACUAGUUCAUGAACUAUCUUUGUGUCGAACUUGUUUAUUCCAACACGGAAGAAGACGGUGUCAACAAAAAAAGGCUUGCGGGGUACAAGGUUGCCACUACCUACACCAUCCAUUACUUCACAAUCCGAAAGCGAAUCCGAUUCCAGCGAGUGUCAAUAGCCAUCGUCACGAAAACCGUUCAACUCUUUUCCGAAUCCUGCCGGUGACUUUGCAUUUCGAAGGGAGAUCCGUGAAUGUUUUCGCUUUCUUCGAUGACGGGUCAUCGAUUACACUCGUGGAGAACAGCGUAGCGGAGAACCUGGGGAUCAAAGGAAAAGGUGGACUCUUGUGCCUCACGUGGACAGCCGACGUAACCCGGAAUGAGCCUAAUUCAAAGUGGGUGUCAUUUGAUAUCUCCGGAGAGAAUUCGUCGCACCGAUACCGCUUGAACGAUGUAAGAACGGUGGAAAACCUAGCCCUCCCGGCACAAUCAAUGGAAUUUAAAAGAUUAGCCGAGAAAUAUCCUCACCUCUCUGGGAUUCCGAUUAGCGAUUACCAAAAUGCUGUGCCAAAAAUACUUAUUGGUAACGAUAAUGCGCGACUUGCAAUUCCUCUACGUCGUCGUGAAGGUAGUAGCAACGCUCCCAUAGCGACUAAGUCUCGGUUAGGGUGGACCAUUCACGGGCCGACAUUCGAGCAUGGCAAAUCUGGUUCGCAGAGUAGUUUGCACAUUUGCCAAUGCUCCUCCAAACUUGAAAGUAUGCAUGAUCUUGUCAAGCAAUCGUUCACUGUUGAGAACCUAGGAAUCGGUUUUCAGGGAGCUUCUGAAUCGGAUGAGGAUCGGCGUGCUCGAAAUAUUCUCGAGGCUACUACUAAACGAAUUGGCCAGAGAUUCGAAACCGGCUUACUCUUCAAAUAUGAUUAUUUUGAAUUUCCCGACAGUCGUCCCAUGGCACUGAAGCGGAUGCAGUGUUUAGAGCGGCGUAUGGCUGCUGAUUCGGUUAUUGGAAGCAGUGUGCGUAAGCAGAUAUCAGAGUAUUUAGAGAAGGGUUACCUUCGAAAGGCAACUGAAACCGACUUGAAAGAAUCCGAUCCUCGCCGAGUGUGGUAUUUACCCCUUGGAGUCGCCCUAAAUCCCAAGAAACCAGGAAAAAUACGAAUCUUCUGCGACGCGGCAGCGAAAGUCGAUGGAGUGAGCCUGAAUAGCGUUUUGAUAAAAGGCCCUGAUCUUUUAUUAUCUCUUCCAAAGGUGCUGUGUGGAUUUCGUGAAAAGAAAGUGGCUGUCUGCGCGGACAUAAGAGAAAUGUUCCACCGAGUCCUGAUACGUGACGCCGAUGUUCAGGCCCAACGAAUACUGUGGAGAGAUGAUCCAGAACUAGAGCCUACAGUUUUCCUUAUGCAAGUUGCCACCUUUGGAGCCACCUGUUCACCCUGUUCGGCGCAAUAUGUGAAGAACAAAAACGCGAAGGAGUUCGAGCUACAGUAUCCGGCCGCCGCCAAUUCGAUUAUCCACCACCACUAUAUGGACGACUACCUAGAGAGCUUCGAUACCGAAGAGGAAGCUGCGCAGAGGGCUCGAGAAAUAAAGUAUGUCCACGCACAGGCUGGUUUCGAAAUCCAUUCGUGGUCGUCGAAUUCCGAACGGGUUUUGAACGUCGUUGGAGAAGCCGAUCCGUUAGCGGUCAAAAGGUUCGAUUCGAGUGUGGAGUGUGAAACAGAACGUAUCCUAGGAAUGUUGUGGCUGCGACAAGAAGAUUUAUUCACGUUUUCUUCCAAUUUCGGGAGUAUUCCGGACUGGCCGACGAAGCGGGAGGUGUUACGCACCGUCAUGAGUCUUUACGAUCCUUUGGGCCUCCUUUCACACUUCACGAUUCACGGGAAGAUCCUGAUACAGGAUAUUUGGCGAAGCGGCAUUUCGUGGGAUCAACCGAUUCCGGAAUUUCUUCAAGUACGCUGGAAGCGAUGGGUGUCGUUGUUUUCGGAGCUGGAUAAAAUACGAAUCCCUCGUUGUUAUUUUCCGGAAUGCGUCUCAACAGAACUCGAGGAUCUCCAACUCCAUAUGUUUGUAGACGCGAGCGAAGCUGCCUACGGAUGUGCCGCAUAUCUGAGAGCUACCGUCGGAGGAGGUGUCCGUUGCGUCCUAGUUUCAGCGAAAACCAAAGUGGCGCCAUUGAAAACCCUAUCGAUACCGCGUCUCGAACUACAAGCUGCGCUCAUAGGAAGUCGUCUCCUCGAAAAUGUUAACACUAUGCAUUCCUACAAAGUUCGUCAACGUUUCAUUUGGAGCGAUUCUAAGACUGUUAUGUCCUGGAUAAAUUCCGAUCAACGCAAGUUCAACCAGUUUGUUGCGUGCCGGGUCGGAGAGAUUUUGGAAAGAACCGAUGUGAGCGAAUGGAGAUGGAUUCCAACUAAAUUGAACGUGGCCGACGAUAUGACUAAGUGGGCAUCCCCUCCGGAUUUUUCCUCUUCCGGUAGAUGGUUUCUGGGUCCGAGUUUUUUGUACGAAGAUGAGGAAACGUGGCCUGGGCAGAACUCAAUGGUGGAAGAAACGAACGAGGAGUGCCGUAAUCGGAAUGUGGAGAGGGUCACUGCACACGCUGCAUAUGAGCCGGCGCCGAUGAUCGAUUGGAGAAACUUCUCUCAGUGGAACCGACUAGUCCGAGCAGCGAGUUAUGUGUAUCGUUAUUUGUGGAAUUUACGACGGAAGGCAAAGGAGGAACCGCUUAAGCUGGGGAUACUCGACCAAGAAGAAAUUGAUGCCGGGGAGAUGUUUGUCUACCGUUGUAUCCAGAAAGAGUCGUUUGCCGAAGAAUUCGCCCUCAUAGAACGAGCCCGAUCCCGAUCGCCUGACGGAAAGAGUCGGGGCCUCAAACCCACCAGCAAACUAUCGCAGCUAUCUCCGUUUAUUGAUGAUCGCGGCGUUCUACGGAUGGAGUCCAGAAUAAGUGUGGCCGCCUUCGUAUCCUAUGAUACCAGAAACCCGAUAAUAUUGCCACCUGAAAGCCGAGCAACUCAACUUUUAGUGCAUGAGAUACACAAGAAAUAUCUGCAUCUAAAUCACGAGACGGUCGUCAACGAGAUCCGACAGAAGUUCCACGUGUCACGCCUGAAGUCGCUGGUUCGUCGAGUAUCAAAGGAUUGUCUUCACUGCCGGGUGUAUAAAGCUGUCCCAAGGGUUCCGCGAAUGGCGCCUUUGCCUGCGGCCCGCCUCGGCGCUUUCUUUCGACCUUUUUCCUUCGUAGGGCUUGAUUACUUUGGUCCGAUGUCGGUGCGAGUUGGACGUUCUACUGUCAAGCGCUGGGUGGCCCUAUUCACCUGUUUAACCAUUAGAGCGGUGCAUUUGGAAGUGGUCCAUUCGCUUACGACGAUGUCCUGUAAGAUGGCUGUGCGGCGUUUCGUUGGUAGGAGGGGCUCUCCGGUAGAGAUCUACUCUGACAAUGGGACCAACUUCUGCGGAGCGCGGAACGAGCUGAUGAAGGAGAUGGACGAGAUCAACCACCACUUAGCCAACUCAUUCACGAAUUCCAAAACUAAAUGGCGAUUAAAUCCUCCAUCGGCGCCCCACAUGGGAGGUGCGUGGGAGCGGCUCGUCAGAUCCGUUAAAGUUGCCUUUUAUGCGAUGAGCACUUCUAAGACUCCCAAUGAAGAGACAUUUGCUACAUUAAUCGUCGAAGCGGAAGCCAUCGUCAACUCAAGACCUUUGACCUUCGUUUCACUAGAAAGUGAUUCUCAAGAAGCGCUCACGCCCAAUCACUUCAUGUUGCUGAGUUCGAGCGGAACGGUUCAGCCACCGAAAGAAACUCUGGAUCCAAAGUUAGCUACGAGAGACGACUGGAAUUUAAAUCGCCACCUUGCUGACAUGUUUUGGCAUCGUUGGGUAAAGGAGUACCUGCCGAUAAUAGCCCGACGCACCAAGUGGUUCGACGAGACGAAGCCGUUGGAAUGCGGAGAUCUGGUAGUAGUAGUCGAUGAAAAUGUUCGAAAUGGUUGGCUGAGAGGACGUGUGGUAGAAGUUCGAGCGGGCCCCGAUGGACGAGCGCGUCAUGCUAUAAUUCAAACGUCGACCGGAACUAUUACGAGGCCUGUUUCAAAAAUAGCGGUAUUGGAUCUAUGUCUGCGUAAGUCUUCGAUGGAUACCUUGCCUUACGGGAGGGGGGAUGUUACCGCAGCUUUGAACGGUCCCUCUGAUCGUUGA